UGCACUUCUUAAACUCUGGCUUUGAUUAAAAGCCAGUACAGAGAGCUAAUAAAUGAGACAAAGCUUGAGACAUUUUGCAAAUAGACAUCGCAAUGGAAGAGUCGAUGGUAAAAUAUUCGAAUAUGCUUGCUUUCUUACUAAUAUUUACAUCAACUAUAACUGCACAAAGGAUAAAAUUGAAUGCCGGUGAUGUUUGUGGUCCCUGUCAGGCGGAAGACUGCAGUUGCCAAGUAUGGUCCAAAUGUGAUAUCUUACAAAACUUGCCAGUGGCAAAUAUAACAUUUUGUAAUCGAGUAAAAGGUAUUGUAUGCUGUCCUGAAGAGCCACCGGAGCCUGAAAACUGUCAGCUAACAUCACCAGCUGAAGUUGCCUGUCACGAAUUCACAAAGCAUGCGCCAGCAAAAUGUCCACAGCCCUUUAUAGCCGGUGGCGAAUUGGCUAAAAUUGGUGAAUUUCCAUCCGCAGCUUUGAUAGGUAUUUUUAAUUCAACGUCUAAUGUAGCUGAUUGGAUAUGUGGCGGAACGCUUAUCAGUGAACGCUUCGUUCUGACUGCAAGUCAUUGCACUCUCAAUGGAGUACCGGAUAAAGUACGACUUGGCGAUUUGGAUUAUAAUUCAACCCUUGAUGAUGUUGGACUCCAAGAGUUUUCCAUACUCAGUUUCAAACGCCACGACCAUUUUUCAUUACACCGCUACUUCGAUAUUAUGUUAUUGGAAUUGAAUGGCACCGUUACUUUCUCCAAAUAUGUUCUACCUGCCUGCCUACUCACUCCAUGUAUGAUGAAAUUCCAAACAGGACAAUAUUGGGCCGUUGGUUGGGGCCGCAUUGAUGAUACCGAAGUUUUUUCAACACAGCUGCGACGAGUUGAAUUGAAGCAUCAAACGGUCUGUAAUGAGAUUGCAACUGAAAUGUAUGAUUUGCAACGGGGUCUGCUCGAGCGUAUACAAUUUUGCGCUGAUGGCAAAACCUACGAUACUUGCAAUGGCGACUCGGGUGGCCCAUUACUCAUACCAUUUCCCCAUAGCCAGGUGGAGUAUCGGUGUAUGUACAUGGUAGCCGGCAUAGUAUCAAAGGGCCAAGAGCAUUGUGGCGUUGAAGAUUUGCCUAGUGUGAAUACGAACGUUACAGCAUUUGUGAGAUUUAUUGAAAGUUUCGUUUGGCCUCAAAAAAUUAUUACAACAAUAAAUUGAACAAAUGCUAAUACAAUAAAAAGCAUAAAAGAAUAUAUAAGCUCGUGUGAGACAAUUGAA